GUUCCCAGGUGCUCCCGGCCCUGGUGCAGGAGGAGGAGCAGGAGGCGGGGAUUCCCAGUUAAAAGGCUCCAGAAUUGUGUACGGGACAGAGAGAACUGAAGUACUGGGGCCUCUUCCAUUGGGCCCGAAUCAGUAGGUGACCCCGCCCCCCUGGAUUCUGGAAGACCUCACCAUGGGACGCCCCCCACCUGGUGCAGUGAUGACCUGGCUGUUUUUGCUCUUGCUGUGGGAAGCCUGGACAGGACGCGCCAGGGCACAGAUGGACAAGGUGCUGGGGGGUCAGGAGUGCGAGCCCCAUUCGCAACCUUGGCAGACGGCCUUGUUCCAAGGGGAGCAACUGCUCUGUGGAGGUGUCCUUGUAGGUGCCAACUGGGUCCUCACGGCUGCCCACUGUAAAAAAACGAAGUAUACAGUACGCCUGGGAGACCACAGCCUGCAGAGUAAGGAUGGGCCGGAGCAAGAAAUGUCUGUGCUUCGGUCCAUUCCACACCCUUGCUACAACAGCAGCAGCAAGGACAACAGCCAUGAUCUGAUGCUUCUUCGACUACGUGGCCGGGCAUCUCUGGGGCCCAAAGUGAAGCCCAUCAACCUGACAGAUCACUGCCCCCAAGUUGGCCAGGAGUGCACCAUCUCAGGCUGGGGCACUGUCACCAGUCCCCGAGAGAAUUUUCCUGACACCCUCAACUGUGCAAAUGUAAAUAUCAUUGACCAGAAGAAGUGUGAGGACGCCUACCCAGGGCAGGUCACCGACAGCAUGGUCUGUGCUGGCAACAGCAAUGGGGCUGACACGUGCCAGGGCGAUUCUGGUGGCCCUCUGGUGUGUCGUGGCGUACUCCAGGGCAUCACAUCCUGGGGCUCAGACCCCUGUGGGUUGCCCCAUAAACCUGGUGUCUAUUCCAACAUCUGUCGCUACCUGAACUGGAUCAAGAAGACAAUGGGCUCCAAGGACUGAUCCUAAGAUGAGCUCUGGAUCCACCAGAAUAAACACACAACUCU